UCUGGAGUGCAGGUUUAACUCUGCCAGUGGUGACACUCAAUGGAGGAGGAGGUCAGGGACUGCCCUUUGCUGCUCACUGCUGGCUCGGAACCAGAGAAAGUUGACCCACUGCACCCCAAAACUGGACCAACCAGAUGAAUAUACGGUGCCUCUGUGGAAACAUGUUUAAGAAAGGGUAGUGAAUGCUGAAGAAGGAGAGACAAGGCCAGGGCAGGUACGCCACCCAAAGGGACAGUGACCGGUGGAAGAGCCCAUGCUGGAACAGUUUUUUGGCCCACGACAGGAUGUCUGACAAUAUAUCGAGUGAAUAAGCGUCUUCGUAAUACAAUGUCCCAGACAAGAUUGGGAAGAGCAGAGGUGACGUUCCCCUAGCAAAGCUGAGGUUUGCUUGUGAACUGCUGCAAACAAAAACCAAAGGGGAGGGAAGGGAAGGGUGAACAAGUGAGAUGAAGAGUAAAAGUCUAAGAAAGUGAAGAGGGAAGAUGCAUCCUUGAGCAAUGUGCGUUGCUACCAUAGCUCAGGCCAGAGCGCUGGGCUCACCACUGUGCUCCAGCUUCUCCCACCAAGAAGUGUCCACAGCAAGUCAGGGUGUACUGGGGUCCACGAAGACAACAUGACACCUAUGGAGAGGAGGAAAAUUUGCAAGGGAGUAGUCAUCCACAGUCACAUCCUGAAGAAAAACCAGCUCUACCUCCGUGCUCCGGACCUGCCCGAGCCCCUUCCCCUUUGGCUAAAAUUGGUGCUGCUCUUUCUUCAGGAGCUUGGUCCCUCCUAGGCCACCCAUGACAAGUACCUGAUGUGUGUUCUGCUCUCGGCCAAAAACUUGGUCCUUUACCUACCGAGCUCCUCCCAGGCAGUUUUGGCUCCCAAGGCCCAGGAACUACCAGCUCCUGCGGUGCUGUCCUCGUUCCUUCCUUUGUGCCCCUGUGCUGGCAGCUGGGCUCGGCCGAACAGCGUUUCCCUGGUUUGUGUUUGCCUUCAAAGAGGCAGCGGUCCCGGCAGCACAGCAUGUGUCCCCUUCCCAGGGCUGUCCUCAAAUCUGGGACAUUUUUCUGAGGAUUUUGGGAUGAGAAAGCAGAAGGCUGUGCAGGUUUCUAUCAGACCACUAUUUGUUUGCUGUGGUGAAAAGGGAGAGGGAGGGAAGGGUGGGGGCAGUUUUGGUGAAAUCAUUUGAGGCAUCCCUUGGCAGUGGUGGGACACAAUGCCACCAAGACUGAUGGGUCUCUGAGGCUGCAACCACUGCUUUCCUUCUGCCCUGGGGUAUCGGGCUGGUUUUGCUCACCACGCCGCACAUUCCUCCCUCGUGCCUGUUCCUUCCCUCCUCUAAACCAUCCCAAACAAUACAAGGUUUUGUCUGCACUCGGCAUCCAGCAGCAGUUCCUCAAGCCCCUUAGCCCUUAUUUCAUGUGCGUGCCCUAGACUUAACCAGAACAUUCCUGCCAGAGUUUAAGCCCAAGCGCUGUGUGGAUAAUCCAAGAUUUUUUUUUUUUUUGCCUCCAGUUCCAAGUGACCGUGACAAUAACGUAUGUGCUGUUUGCAGCUCUGCACUGGCCCUUCUCCUGCCCCUUAUCUCUUUCUCCCUCCCAGGCAGGUAGGGCUUAGAAACAGGACAGAGAUCCCGGCUGCAAGCCAGGAGGCUUAGGGUAGCAAAAUGCCUGUGCUUCCAGCCUGGGUGUCCUGCACCCAUUUAUCUCCUGCAUUAAAAUGACGUGGCUUGUCACGGCACUGUGGCCAGGGAUGCUGUGCCCAUACUGCCAUCACUGUCCCUGCAACGGUGUCAUUUUGGGCUGGUGAUGGCUCACACCUGCCUGGUACCAAGGCUGAGAGCAGUGCGGGGUGAGCCCCUGCUAAACCGGAGGGCCGUGGAGGAAGCAGUAACCGUGGCAGGAAAGCAGGACUGGAGAGAGUUGCUGGAGCUGGAAACAGGAUCUUUGGACUGAAGGAGCAAGAAGUGCUGGGAAGAGGGGAUGGCCGGCCACCUUGGUGCCCGCAGCACAGCAGCGCUCUCAGGAGCAAACCAGGAAAAGCAGUGCUCGGGCAAGGAUUGCCCCUGGGAAGGAGAAGCCUUUGCAGAGUCUUGGCAGAGGUGAGAGGGGAGGAGAGCUGAUCUUUUUCUUCCCCACUGAAAACUCUCUUUUUUCCCUUCGCUGCUCAGACAGAGAUGUUUGCUCUGGCACGUGACACCACUGCGAGAGUGCUAGUCCUUCCUCCUCAUGUGGUUGGUUUCUUUCCUGAUUAAAAGUGAUUAGGCAGCCCUAAAGCCUGCAGAAAUGUGACCGAGGAGAAUGGAGACAAAGAGUCCAUUCAAGAUCUCUUAAAUCCCUGGGGCAGUAUUUAGAGAGCCCUGAAGAGAGAACUGGAGCACAACCACCCCACCAGGACCUCCCUGUCCUUCUCCCUCCUGCUGUGCCCUUCGUUGCAGCUGUCUCCUCCACCAUGUCGUUCUCUGAAGCAGAGGUGCAAAGUGCCCGCGGCGCCUGGGAGAAGAUAUAUGUGGAUGCCGAGGACAACGGGACAACUGUGCUGGUCAGGAUGUUUACUGAGCACCCAGACACCAAGUCCUACUUUGCACAUUUCAAAGGCAUGGACUCUGCCGAAGAGAUGAAACAGUCGGAUCAGGUCAGGGGCCACGGCAAGAAGGUUUUCACCGCCAUCAAUGACAUGGUGCAGCACCUGGACAACUCCGAGGCUUUUCUUGGGAUAGUGAACCCACUUGGCAAGAAACAUGCCACCCAGCUGAAGAUUGACCCCAAAAACUUUAGGAUUAUCUGUGACAUUAUCUUGCAACUGAUGGAGGAGAAAUUUGGUGGAGACUGCAAAGCUUCCUUUGAGAAGGUGACCAAUGAAAUCUGCACUCACCUGAACAAUGUCUACAAAGAGGCGGGUUGGUGAGGAUGUGCAACCUACAGGCUCUUCAAACAUCUCGCCAACGCUGAUUUGCUGCAGUUGGGCCUCCAGCCACAGUUGGAAGAAAGAAAAAGUAAAAAAAAUAAAGCAAGAAAAAGGCUUAUAUAAUGUAGAUAUCAAUGUCAAUAAUUUCCUUAGCAAACUGAGUUUCUACAAUUAAAUAAAACCCACAGCUACAUCAAAGCCAACCAACAAAUCCUGAUGUGCUUUGCAGCUUCGGUGCUCCAGAAGGGUUCCUCUGGCCAGAGUCCCUGAAGACUACAUUUUAAGGUGAUGACUUUAAGCUUGCUAUUCCUGAGAGAAAGACUUGCUCCUUCCAGCAGCACCAGCCCAGAAGGGCACCAGCAGCUCUUUAUUUCCACUACCACCACUCCAUCCUCAUGAAUGACGAGCAGGAGACCAUUCUGGAGCAUCGCCAGGGAUUUUGUAGAGGUCAUUAUUUAAGAGGCAUGGGUGGUGUUUCAUGUUUGAACUGAAACAAUGGGGGGAGUGGUGUAUGGGAAAGACUAAUGUCUGAGAAAGACACGGGGAAAGUCCCGUCCUGCAUGAGCCAACAGAUUUCCCCAGCCUGGGGGGAGGAUUCUCGGAGCAACUUUCAGCGCAAGGGAUGGCAAUGCUGGACGCGGUCACCACUGGGUCCCUCUGGGCAGGGAUGAACAUCUCCAGCACACAGAUUUCACGGUGCUGCUCCCGGCAAAUUGCUCUGGCCACGUACGCAGGAGAGGGCAAUAGUACUGAAGCUCACUAGCUCCUGUGCUGCUCAAAAUGCAUCCAGCUGAGGGAGGUUGCUGCCCCGCUGAGUGGGCGGCGUGGCGGGCUCAGCUUAGCAUGGGAUUUCUGUGGCGUUGCCCUCAUCCUGUCCUGCCGCACGGCCUGAGCCUCCCUUCAGUGGAAACCGAGUCCCGAACUAUUUAAUUGCUUUUCCUUGUAUUCCUUAGACAUGGUGAAAUCAUCAGCUAAUAACUGCAAAUAACCACACCCUGUUUUGCUUCAGUGUAACGCAAUAAACACAGAGAAAGCAGUCGC